GAUAGGUCGGUUUGGAUCUCAAAUCUGGCACUUAUUCCCGAUUAAGGUACUUUGCAGGAUUUUGCUUUGUCACGAGGUUGGCAACUGUGCCGUAAUGAAUCAGCUGCACAUAGCCCGGAGCGGUGCCUAUACAUUGAGAUCUGUGAGGGUUACGAGUCUCUUUGUUCUCUUUGUCCCUCGUAAUGCAUCUACAGGCAACUCUACCACUCCAAAGCAGUCCAUACUACGACGUACAGUGGAAUGCAUCAGAUCGAGUCGGAUAACGCGAGCAAUACGCGUAACAAUCAGCUUGACCGAAGAGUCAGCGGUCGGCCAUUGUACUGCGGAUGCAUGGUCAGUCUUCUCAGCUUGAACUCGUUCUAGAAGCUUAUCAUACACCCCAGCCGGCACUGCGUCGUCUUCUCGCACCCCGAAAUCCUCGUCGGAAGGAUGCGCAGACCCCCAGCCUUACAGGCGACGACGAGCGCUUUGAAACACCCAUUACGCGACUCUCUAUGGAAGAAGUUAUCCCAGUCGUCGGAACUAGUCUCUUGACAGUCACCCGAUCCAGGUUCACUACGGAUGGUCUUGAAGAGCAGAUUCCAACCGCCCAAAGCAGCUCCCCAAGUUCACCGAAGGCUACCGGACUUGAGCUCAUGUACCGAAACACUGAAGGGGGUAAGAUCAAAGCGUCGAAAAGUGUGUUUUGUGGAAAACACGAUGGUUGGCGGCGACAGAUAGACAGGAAAGGCGCGGAGCCUCCAGUUCAAGGCCGUUUUCGACAGGCCUAUCCCGAAUUCGAUGAAGAUUCAUAAUUCCAAACUAUUGGUGCGAUGAGAUUAGCCACAUAGCGCACUUGCAUGCCGUGCAGAGAAUCGAAACACUUGAUCAGAGUACUUUGCUUGACACGCGGGUGCUGUGCGACCCCUCGGAGCAGCGUUCGACGGCUACUCGAACCUUCCACAUGGGGUAAAUCACGCUCAGCUGUGUUUUGAGACGGGAAAACUCCGUAGAGCACUUUUAUGUCAUAAUAAUUUUAUAGAAACGGUGAUUGAAAUGAUAUCCAGUAUUCGUGG